CACCUUACGAUUAUCUUUGACAUCCUCCACUCAAACUGAAGCCAUCAAACAGAAUAUUUUCAAAUCUUUGAUAGGAAAUUCAACAUUUCCACUUGCGCAACAAACAACGAGAAGUACGAGAGAUUUCGACGCAUUCAAAGACAUCAGACCAUUUAAAUUGUGACGAGUAUUGUUUUCCGAGACUUGAUUAAUGUAGGCAGGACGUGAAAUUGACAGCUUGACAGCGUCAAAUGCGAGGCGUGCGCGUGAAAGGAUGCAAAAAUUGAACAAGAGAUCUAGCGAUCGAAAAGUGCGUGCAUUUCGUAGCACCCUUCGACACACAAGAAAAGCUGAACAAAUUCAAACAUGAGCGGACAUCAGGGGAAUGAACCUUUCAACGACUUCAUUGAAACAGUGCAGAUAGGAACACGUUUUUGGAACAUACUUUCUCCAGAUGUAAUAUUAACCUACGAUUCCAGGACAAGGAGUAAGUUGUCGUCAGAUAUGAGUUUCACUUUGAUGAACAGGUCAAAAUUUCUUAGCUGUCAAUUGGAUCAUUUCAGGUUUUGAUAUCAAAUACGGCGAAAUAUUGGAUAAGAAGGGUGGGUCGGGAACUAUCACUUUGACAGUUAAAUCAAAAGGAGGAUCCAUGUACAUCAUCACACGAAUAAAAGGUACGCAUCGAACCGACGCCAUCUUGCCAUUUCAAAUAGUCGUCACUAAAUUUAUACUUUGAAAAAUAUUCUACUGUGAAUUAAAAUUUCAAAAAGUCAUCAUCGUCAUCGUACUUGAAGUUCUCCGAGUAGAAUCAAAUACGGCCAUCUCAUAUUCAAGUCAGAGUAGUAAAAUUGUAUUCGUCUUUUCUUUCAGGGGUCUACAGCGCACACAGUUGGUGGACUUGGCUAAGUACAGAGAGGGUUUAUAUCCGUUGAGACAGAGGCCUUAAAGCUGAUCUUCCUGCACACAUUUCAGUUCGUUUUGAUGCUAUCUAUUUGAUCAUUCAAGAUGGUAGGGCUCCUUUUCGCACAAAGCCGAAGUUAAUGUACACUGAGCUACAUUAUUUUAUUAAAGUGUUUGCAUAAUUAUACUGGUCGUGCUUCACUUGCAAAAAUUCUUAAUUUAAUGGCUAAAAUUCUCCAUAUCCUAGAAUCUUUAUAGAGGAACAUAAGCCUUUGGUUCCUCGGAGUUUCCGCAACAAUUUCUUAACUGUAAUAUGAAGAGAUAAUGCCAACAUAUUGAGUUGAGUCAAUCAACAGACUCCAAAUCGAUUUAUAAGAUUGUAGAUAAAUUUCUUUAGUUUCGACAGUAGAUACCUCGGCUGGUACAGAAACUACUAACUCUACUCCCUCAGUUUAAGCACUAAGGUUGAAAUCAAAAUGCCACAGAAGAGACUCUCAGGCGAUAAAUAAAAUCACGAAAGUCAGAAAUAAACAACUUAAAAUUAGGUAUAUUUAUUUCAAGGAAAUGCGCACCAAGAAAAUAUAUUUUCUCGUCUGCGCAUGAGGCCUGGCAAAUGCGCCUGUGAAUAAGGUCUCACAAACUCAAAAUUAUACUCGGUGGAAAAACGUUGCUCGUCAACUUUGAGAUAAAAGAUGGCAGGGUUUCAGGGACCGGAGCCAUCGUCAAGAUUUUGUGACAUAAUAAAUGUUGGAAGGAAAGAAAGAGGACAAAGAAUUCGACCUCAUGAUGUAACAAUAUUCUACAAGGUUAACUCGGGAAGAGGAGGUAAGUCACGGUUGAAAUGGCAUUCCUUACAACAUUUUGACGCCUUUACUUUGAGAAAAUUGUAUUUUAAAAUUAAUAAUUUUGUUUUUUUCACGUACUAGAGUUUGAAGUCCAGGGAGGAAUCAUUUUCGACUCGACACAGCGCUACGGACGACACACAAUAACAGUUGUUGCGGCGCGCGGAUACACAUUUGGCUUCACUCGUGAUUCUGGGGGCGGUAAGUGAGUCCUUCUUUGUACGUCGUUUAAGAGUGGAUUUUUGUUCUGAAGACUUCAUAAUUUGUUCCCAUAGAAUUUCAGUUCACCACUUCACAAGAUAACAUUUGGGGAGAAAGAUUGGACCGUGUGAACUUAUGAAAUCGAGAAAAUACUCCUUCUGCUUGAUCUUCUUCUUGGUAAGUUCUUUCGUUCGCUUUCGUAUCACUGGUUCAAAUUCGAAGGCAUUACUCUCGUUGUGCGUCAAAUCUUAUUUAACCUUUUGAGACCUAUGAGUGUAAUUUUCUUUACUUGGCCAAAAGAAGACAAAGAAAGACGCGCAUAGGAUGUCGAACAACCGCGGUACAAGCGUUAGAUUUAACGUGUCAGCAGGUCUGCUCUUCUCACUUUAACUAGUCAUUUCUGCUCUAGGCAAAUAAUGAGAGAUGUAUUUUCUUCUUCAUAGGAUCGCUCAAAGGGGACCGCAAUUGACAAGAGCUCGCCAGACAGUCCAUUCAUUUAACUUCAUUAAAACAUUUCACUGAGUUGUUAUGUGAAUAAAAAUCAUGUUGACUACAGUAAACAACACGAAACGUUCAUCCUUGUAUGUCUAUUGGUAAAUACUAUUGUCGCUAGAGCAUGAAUUCAACUCUGUAAGCCUUAAAAACGACAAAUCUCCAG